AUGAUUUUCAAUACAAAAGAGCCUUUCGUAAUUGUUAAAAAUUAUAGACAAAGGCAAUAAGAAGCAAAAAAAGAAUAGGCAAAAUAAAAGUCAAUACCUAAACCAAAGGAACUAUCAAAAAAAAUUGUGAAACCUAAGAAGGUUCAUUAAACUCAAUAACCUACUUAACCAGUAUAACCAAUUAGCUAAAAGAUAGAUUAAACUCUCUUUUCUCAACUUUUUUAAUAACAUUAACAACAAUAACUAAUGCUUUAAUAAUUUAUCCAUAAUACUUAAAUCAAUUAGAUUACUUUGUAAGAUGAUGAUUUAGAUUAAUAUUCUCCUGUAUAUUUAUAUGGUAUACCAAAAACUCCUUAAAAUAUAGCUCUAUCGAGAGGUUCAACUAGGGAUGAUGAUGACUUCAAAAUUUGA